AUGGAAGAGGAUAUUUCUCCUCCUUCUACCAUUCCUAUGACAACAACCAUCACGAAUAGCGCCACUCAUGACGGGAAUAUUACUAAAAACUUUGAACAGAGAAACUCGGACAACAAAGAAGAAUUUCUUGCGCCAAAAUCUGAGCCACUUGGCUCUUUCCACAUUUCGUCAAAAAAUGACAACACCACCAUUACCACAAUUUCCUCAAGUUCUCCCACCCCUAAUGUAAACGAUAAUCGUAGUGAGAAUAUUAAAAAGGAUCAAACCAUAACGGUAACGACUUCAUCCCCUACAAGUGUUUCACCCACUACCUCGACACUGGCGAAUAUUUCUCUGAAUCCGAAUAUGUCGUCGAAUCACAAAACACAGGCCGCAUUUGUUAAUAAACUAUAUACAAUGGUGGAAGAUCAGUCGAUUCAACAUUUAAUAUCAUGGGCACCCUCCGGUGACGUGUUCAGUGUAUCAAAUCCGACGGAAUUUUCCAAAACCGUGUUACCUCAAUAUUUCAAACACAAUAACUGGCAAAGUUUUGUCAGACAAUUAAACAUCAAUGACAUGUUUCACGCGAACCCAUCAAGUGAAAGUCAAGCCUGGGAAUUCAAACACCCGGAAUUUCGACGAGGUCAAUUAGCCGCUUUACAAAACAUUAAACGGAAAAGCGCGAAACAACAGACGCAAACAAAUCAGAUAAUGAUUAAAGGUGGAGGUGGCAGUGUUGGUGGUGGUAUGUCUGGAUCUGCAUCUAGUCUUAGUCCGACUGAAGGUACUAACCUGGCUGAUAUGAUACACGAUGAUCGAAUUGAUCGAUUGUCAACCCAGAUGGCCGAGAUGAUGGAAAAUAUGAGACGGAUAAACGAGAGUUAUAGUCUUUUGGUCACGGAGACCGUUUCUUGCAAAAUGUUGCAAGCUAAGCAUACACAGGUAAUUGCAAACAUGACCAAUCUUUUAGCAUCAAUUUGUCGUGACGAAUCUGAUCCAAGGAUUCUGAGAAAACGAAAAUUUGACGUUGAUUUAUUGCAAGCUGAAGUGGCGAAACUGGGACAGAAUGAGACUAUUUUGACAUCUCCUCAUUCACAGCAUCCUCCAAUGCAAUAUAGUAGUGGUGUUAGUGGUAAUCGAGAACAUAAUAUACAUCAUCCUGGAUCGCAUGUAACGCCAAUGAUUGGAAUUGAAAAUACUGGCAACAGUAGUAACUUGCAUCAUCAUCAUUAUAACCACGCCACCGAUCCCGAUUAUCGUCAAUCAUCGAGUGCUCCCGCGACUUCACAACAUAGAUCUUCAAAAAUACAGUCUUCUACGAGUCCACUGGCCAUAUUGCCUGAAUUUGGAUUUCCUCCAUACUACUCGCAUAACAACACCAACUAUUUGCGGGUACAUCCUUCACCUGAAUCAGGAGGACAAAAUGGCGGUGGCACGGUUCUAGGUAAUAAUGGAGGAUCACGAAGUGGCGGUGAUCAACGCCGUCUUCUCCUUUUAACAGUAGCACAACGGACAAUCUAA